UAGUUGAUUUGAUAGUUGGUUUGGUAAAAGAAGUUUGUUAGUUGUUUUAAAUAAUUGAUAAAAAUAAAUAAAUUUACAUUAAAGUGAUAGAGAUAUAUUAGUUUGUUUACGUCACAUGCCUAUUGAAAUGUAUGCAUUUUGUUUUUCUGUUUACUUAAUUUUUAUCUCCGAUCUUGUUUUUAAAUGUAUAUAUCCGUGAUAAACUAAAUAAAAGUUUUACAAGUCGAAGUAAAUGUUUUGUACUAACGUUGAAUAUUUUUAUUGAAUGAAAUAAUGUAUUAAACAACAAGCUAAUGCUGUGGAGAAAGUUAGUUUCCUUAACUGUGCUUAUUUAUUUACUUGUGUAAAGUACCAACCUAACCUAGGCACCAGUAGAAGGCACCAGAAGUGACGCAUUAAUAUCUCUUCCUCUUGUUGGCUUUCUUUAUCUCGCGUUACACAAAACCAAAAGAAAGUGUAAACACACACAAGAUCGCUCCACAAAACAAAUCAUCAGUAGUGAAAUUUCAACAAUUAAAGUAAAAAUAAAAAAUACACGAGGGAUAAUAAAGAUGCAAAGAAAAUAAAUGUUCAUGAAUCGAACUGUUAAAUAACGUCGAUAAGAUGUCCGGACCGAACAGCAACAUAUACAAAUUAAAUGGCAAUUUGAUAAACGAAAACUGUAGUGUUACUUCAUCUGGAAACGGUAAAAACCAGCAAACUCAACAUUUAAAGACAUACCAGCAAAACCAAAAGCAAGUAACAAAACAAAAAAGUGCCUCAGCCAAUUCCCAGCAGCCGGCAACAAACGGUCCUACGCAAAUUCAAACUUUGGCUACGGUACAUCAUCCAAUUGCUACAGUGCCACAAAUAACAAACAAUCAGUGUGUACAACACAUUCAUCAGCAACAACAAAGACCGACGAAGGGCGUCAUCGGCAUCGAACCGGCACAUACAAUUCCUCCGCGGUAUCAACCACCUCCACAACCUUCGAGUGGUAUUUUGAAACACCUUUCAGGUGGAAAAUCAAAUUUUUACCCAACUACAUCAUUAGAUCUAAGUGCAUCGCAUUUUAACAUAAAAUAUCCACCAGACAUUCCAAAGCUCUCGUCAGUGUUUGUACCAGAUUCAAUUAAGGCACAGGGCAAUUCAUCUCGAUUUAUUCAACAGCGAACUAUACCUCAACAUCGAGGUCAAUUAUUGAUUUCUACUUCACAAGAACAGGAUAAUCUUCUGCGUCUUCAGCAACAGCAGCAAGAAAUGCUUAAAUUUGUUAGGAAGUCGGAUCAGGAUUCAAAUACACAAACAUUAACUCAAACUGGCAUUCCAUCAAGUGCAAGAUUAACUUCGGAACAGAGUCGACAGCUGCAGCCCUUAAUAACAGAACUGCGAGCAUUGAAAGAAGCCAACCAAAGAUUGGUUGAUGACAACCAAGAACUAAGAGAUCUAUGUUGCUUUCUUGAUGACGACCGACAAAAAGGUAGGAAGCUUGCAAGAGAGUGGCAGCGUUUUGGAAGAUAUACAGCUAGUGUUAUGAGGCAGGAAGUAUCCGCAUAUCAGACAAAACUACGACAGCUUGAUGAUAAACAACAAGAGCUUAUUACAGACAAUCUUGAACUGAAGGAAUUAUGUCUUUAUCUGGACGAAGAACGAGCGCACAUUGCUACAAAUUCAGUUUGUGCCAAUUGUAGCACUCCAAUACGCGGGACCUUACGCGACGAUGGUGAUGGAAGCAGUUCCAGUACAAACGCAGACGAAACUAUAUCAGCUCUACGAAGUUAUGAGCGGCAAUAUCCGGAUAUGCAUUUGCGUUCAACACUAAACGAUCAAACCCUUCAAUACGUUCGGUCUUUAGAAAAAAGAAUUCAACAGUUGGAAGAAGAACGAAUAUCCAAUUCAGGAAAUGUUUCACAACGCACACCUGAACCUAUCCUUGGGAGACCGGAGGCCGUUAUUCGUGCCUUGCAAGUGCUGGAAGUACGAGAACAGUUGGAACGUGAUCGUUUUGGUAACAUAACUGGAAUGCCUAUAGAACAGAUGGACGAUGGAGAAAAAGCUAUUGUGAGAGAAAUGUGUAACGUUGUAUGGAGAAAAUUAGAGAGCAGCACAAAUGAACCCUCCAUGGAGGAAUAAAGUAGUUCAAAAUGUUGUAAAGUUUGAUAUACCUUUUCAUAAAUUACAAAUUAAUAUAUGUAUGUAUUUAUUUAUCAUCACUGCAUUACAAGAAAACUUUAAUAAUUUUGUAUGCCAAGCAGCCAAUAAAAAGAAUAAAAUUA